CGGAAGAAGUCGGGAGAUGUUGCGGCAAGCAAGAUAGUGGUUAAUGACAAGUUGCCGACCCCGUGGAGGAAGUUGCAUCACUUAGGCGAGCCGAUGCUGCCGGCACACUAUGUCAACAAGUUGACGCCGGAUAUGAGGAGCGUGCAUGAUGCUAUUCUAACAAAGGAGAAGCUACUUCUUCAAGAUAGAAAUCCAUCGUACCCGAUUUUGAUCGCCAAGGUGCCCACUGGCUUUGGCUUUGUCAACACAUACCCUGCGGACUUGAUAUUCAUUCGGUACGAAGACAUCUUCAGGCUCUUGCACAUGCAACAGCUAGACCGAAGCUUGGUCCGCCUCAUAUCGCUCAGCAUGGCGCACGAUAUCGCCAUGGAGAACACAACGCACAUCGCUAUCAUGGACCCCUACUACAUGACUCCAACUGUCGCCCAGACCGAACAAGCGUUUCUCGCCAACUAUAUCAAGAAUUUCUUGGUGUUAAACAAGGAUAAGAGUUGCUUUGUCAUACCAUAUUUCCGCGAUUUCAAGUAUUGCACCCUCCUCCUCUUUUACCCGUAUCAUUCCGAUGUCACUUAUCUCGACUCCGGGCUUGAUAAGGAGAAAGACUUCACCGACCUUAAGUCUACACUUGAUAAAGCCCUCAACGGCUUCAUAGCUGAGGUUGGCGUCAACAAACUCAGGCAUGAGAAGAAAGUUAAGGGUUGCCAUGUGUGCAACCACAUAACCAAGUUCCCCUGCCUAAAGCAAUCGGCGGAUGACAAUGGGAUGGAGGCAUGGUUUGCCAUCCUACGAGAUGAGGGCGGUUGUAAGGUCUCGGAACGAUCUCUUGUUGCCAUCUCGCUCUGCGGGGAAGUUCGUGAACAUGGCGGACACCACCGAUGA